UCUGGUCUUCCAAUGAAAGUCUCUAAGCAUCGCAACAUCAUCAUAGCCAUUUCCAGCAUUAUAUUUGCGUUGAUGAUUAUUGCUGCUGUGGUUUCGGCUGUUGUAAUUAUUGUUAUUCAGGGAAUGCACAAUAAAUCGAAUCCAAGCCUUCUGUAUUAUAGUGGUUCUUUCAGAAUUUUAAAUUUAAACUACACAGAGGAUUAUAGGAAAAGCAGUAGCAUUGGAUACCAUUCAAUGGCUUCUCAAAUCGAAGGAUUUAUUGAUUUGACUUUCAAUUAUUCAGAGCUCAGAAGCCAGUUCAAGAAGGCACAAGUUGUUAGUCUACGCCCUGGAAGUGUGAUACCAGAAUUUGUGGUGACUUUUAAUAGUUUAACGGACAAAAAUGUAUCAGUUCAGAAGAUAUUCUCAGAAAACAUGAGAAAUACCAGCAUGGCACAAUUCAGCAUUGACAAGAAUUCACUGCAACUAACAGAAAUCACUUAUGAUGUGGCAGAGAACCUUGUUAACAAUAAUUGCGGUGUUAGAGGCCCUUCGAUAUCAAGUAAAAUAGUUGGGGGAACAGAUGCGGCUUUGGGUGCAUGGCCCUGGCAGGCUAGUCUACGCUUGAAUGGAAAUCAUAGAUGUGGAGCCUCUCUCAUCAGCAACACCUGGCUAGUAUCUGCUGCACACUGUUUUAAUUCGAACAAAGAUGUGAAUUCAUGGACUGUCGUCCUAGGAACAAUUAAUUUAAGCUCCAGAUCUGAAUUAAGCCUCAGAGCCUUAAUUAUACAUGAGAAUUACACCAGUGGAAUAUAUGCAAAUGAUAUUGCUUUGCUAGAAUUGUCGUCUCCAGUAAGCUUUACACAGUACAUCAGACCUGUGUGUCUGGCAGAUCCUCAGAUUGUUGUUCAAGACAAUUCUUCAUGUUAUGUCACCGGAUGGGGAACACUGACAGAUGGAGGAACGUUAUCCUCUAUUUUGCAACAGGCUGAGUUAAAGAUAAUAAGUACACGUUCAUGCAGCAGUGCUCAGAUGUAUGCAUACCUAAUAAAACCAUCAAUGGUAUGUGCUGGAUAUGUUGAAGGAAACAUUGACUCUUGUCAGGGAGACUCAGGAGGCCCCCUUGUGGCACUACAGUAUAAUAGCAGAUGGUCCCUCAUUGGAAUUGUAAGCUUUGGAUAUGGAUGCGCCCAAAAAAACAAACCGGGUGUAUACUCCAGGAUCACAUAUUUCCGCAACUGGAUUACACAGAAAUCUGGAAUAUAAAUCUUACCACUUCUAGCAAGAUGGAAUGCCGUAACUGAUUAAAAGAGAAUCAAUUUCCUUUUGUGCAUGCCAAACACAGCAUUAUGUGUCAUCAAGGUCACAGGAGUGACCAAGGAGUUAA